AUGGCAGAUUCAGAUUCAGACUAUUAUCCGGGUAAGAGGAAUAGAACUAAUUAUCGAAGGAAGAAGAAAAAUGCAGUACUUUCGGCUGCUGAAGGAAUGAACUUGAAGGACGCUCUGAAAAUCAAUGGUAUUCACACUAAACCCUUAUAUCUAAAAACAACAGCAGCCCAAAGGAAGGCGAAACAAAAAGAAGGUUACGACAAUGACUAUAUCUCUGAUGAUGAGUUGAACCUACCACCACCAAAAUAUAAAAAUGCCGAAUUUAUAAUUGAUACUAACGGUAACAAUAAAUUAGUGAGAUCUCACAAACAAUUUUCUCCAAAGUUAGACCUACCUAAACCCAAUGCAAACUCGCAGUAUGAAAUUGAUACAAAAAAGCCACCUAAAUUUAUACCUGGUAAAAAUGUGGUAGUAACAAGUGACAAAAAGAAUAAAAAAGACGAUCUCAAAACAGAGCCAUUAACUUCACCGUCAGUUACCCCUCAAUAUACAGAAACUGCUGAAAUAUGUGCUAUGAAGGCCUUGUUGAGAAUAAAGGCGAUCAAAAAUUUGCGUUCAAAGACUGGUAAGAAGGAGGCAAUUGCAAUUACCGAUAAUAUGAGUAUUACACAAUUGAUGAAACUGGCAUUGUUUAGCGAUGAUGAAGACGAAACUGAUUUAGAUCUUGAUAAAACAAGAGUCAAGAGGAAGAAUUUGAAAAAAGGUAAAAAGAAGAAGAGCAGCAAGAAGAGCAGUAAAUACAUAAGCAGCAGUGAAACUGGUACAGAUUCUUACGGCAAUUCUGAAGUAGAAAAGGAAAGACGUAGACGAAAAAAGGAGCUGAAGGCUAGGACUAAAGCGAAGUCAAGAAGAAGCAAAAAAUAUUACUAUCCUUCUGAUGGAAGCGAAAGUGAUAGUGAUAGUGAUAGUGAUAGUGAUAGUGAUAGUGAUAGUGAUAGUGAUAGUGAUAGUGAGAGUGAGAGUGAGAGUGAGAGUGAUGUUGGAUAUUCGAAGGGGAGGAAAUCUAGAAGAGCAAAGAAAUAUUUUUCUGGCUCUAAAAGGGAAGAGAUCAACAAGAAGAUCAAAAAAAAACAAAAAAAGAAGCAAGAGAGAAGAUACGAUCAUUCUGUACCAGGUACAGGAUCAGAGUCAGAGAUAGAGUCAGAGGGGAGACUAGAAUUGCUUACUAUUGGGAAUACAAGAACUAACCCAUUGGAUUCACUCAGUGAAGAUGACUCGGAGGUGGAAGGAAGAAGAAAGAAUAAAACUAAAAAUAGGAAGAAAAGUAGCGGCAAGAUUAAGCAUAAGGGUAUAGAGAAAUAUAACACAUUGGACUCAGUUAGUAAAAGUACUUUUAAGUUACAAUCGAAUAGUAGGAAAGCGAAAAAUAAGUCAGAUUCAACUAGUUUUGAUAGUGAAAGUUCUGGAUAUAACUUUAGAAGGCGCAAAAAUCUUGUAGAAUCUGACAGUGAUUCCUCAGAUGAGUCUGAUUUUUACUCAAAAAAGAAAGGCAGAGGGUAA